AUGACUAUUGUCGCGAUCAACCCUCCACCACGCUACUUCAAUGUCAGCUCACCAGCAGAAUAUGUGGCACACGUCGAAAUCAACAGGCCAGAGAAGCUGAAUGCUUUCUCCCCACCCAUGUGGUCAGAGCUACGGCAGAUAUUCAAUCAACUAUCUGUGAACCCAGAACUGAGGGUGGUGUUGAUCAGCGGAGCGGGAGAGAAGGCAUUCACAGCUGGACUGGACGUCCAAGCCGCGUCACAAUCCGGCAGCAUCAAGCCAGACGAUGGUCCAGUCGACCCUUCGAGAAAAGCCACAGCCAUUCGACGCAACGUGUUCGACUACCAAGACGUGAUCUCGUCCGUGGCACGAUGCGAGAAGCCAGUGAUCGCACUGAUGCACGGCUACUCCUACGGCCUGGCCAUCGAUCUCAGCUCAGCAUGCGACAUCCGGAUGGCGACCAAGGACGUUAAGUUCUCCAUCAAGGAGGUCGACAUCGGUCUCGCAGCAGACGUCGGCACGUUGAGUCGCUUCCCGAAAGUCAUCGGCGGACUGACGAGCUGGGCAAAGGAGGUUGCACUCAGUGGUAGGGUAUGGGGCGCGGAUGAGGCAGAGAAGAAUGGGUAUAUCAGUCAGUCUUUUGGCAGCAAGGCGCAGCUGAUCUCGGAGGGAGUCAAAUUGGCGAGUUACAUUGCGACGAAGAGCCCGGUGGCUGUUCAGGGUACGAAGAAUAUUCUGGAUGCCGCUUGGGGCAGGACUGUGGAGGAUAAUUUGACUUACACGGCUAUCUGGAAUCAGGCUAUGAUUCAGAGCGAUGACAUGCGGAAGGCGAUGCUGUCGGGUAUCCAGAAAAAGUCGGUCACGUUUGCGAAGCUAUAA